AUGGAGGUCAAGACUGCUUCGGGCACCACUAUCCCACUACUAGCUGAAGAAUACACAGAAGUAAGGCCAUUAGGUCGUGGCUCCUAUGGGAGCACGUCCCUUAUGCGAACAAGGGAUGGGUCACUGGUGGUUCGCAAAAGGAUCGAUCUUAGCGUAUUGACUGACUUGGAAAAGAGACUGUGCCUCAAUGAAAUUCAGAUUGCCUCGAAGAUGUACCAUCCACACAUCGUAACAUACUUGGGAAGCUAUGUGGAUAGGAAUUAUUUGUGCAUCAUUACUGAAUAUUGCAGAGGCGGAGACUUACACCAGUACAUUGCUCACAGGAGGCGUAUUAACAAGCCAAUAAAGGAGCAGCGUAUUUUGAUCUGGUUGACUCAAAUUCUCUCAGCACUCGACUUUUUACACAGCAAUCACACUUUGCACAGAGAUCUAAAAUCCCUCAAUAUUCUGAUUGAUUCCGAUAAGAACAUCAAGUUGUGUGACUUUGGUGUGAGCAAAUCACUCACAAACACUGGAGAUAACACCAACACAAUCAUUGGUACCCCCUACUACUUUAGCCCCGAAUUAAUAAACGGAAAUAAAUACAGCUGGCCGUCUGAUAUCUGGGCUUUGGGGUGCCUUAUCCACGAACUCGCAACCUUUAGGACACCCUUUGAUGGAGCAAAUGGCAUCCAGCAUUUGUGCAAGUUGAUCAAUUAUCACCCAGUUCCCGAUUUGCCAGAUACUUAUUCUAGGGAGCUAAACAUGUUGUACAAGUCCAUGAUGUUUCACGACUUGAGAUUCAGAUUAACUGCAGCUGAGUUGCUUUCCACAGACCUAAUACAGAGGAUGAUCAAGUCGUCUGAGAACAAUCCGAUCGCUGAUGUCCAAGAGGGAGUAUAUUCUACUUUGCUAGGAGCGGAUGCUCACGAUUUGGAGUGUUACAGUAAUGCAGGGUGUGAGAAUGAAACAAAUGUUGCAAAUUAGUCAUCAGUUGGGAACGUUGCCAGUGGACUCAACUCUGAGGGCAUUUGGCAGCGAUAGGCCGAGAUCUACCGACAAUUGCAGUACAUAUAAUUUUAAAUACUAACUUUUGGCGGUAUAUUCACAUUGAGCGGCCAGGAAUGCGAGCUUUCCGGUGUAGUGAGCAACUACACAAUAAAUCA